ACAUGGCUUCAUUAAAAGGGUAGUUUCGGCCAACCUCGAAGCGAAUGCAGUAUUAUCAACAAAGGAUUGACAAGAAGUAACAAGAGGUCAUUCAUCAUUCGUUACCAUGAAUAACUGGCAUUCUGGGAUUUGGCAUGGUAUGUCAUGUAUGGCAUGGCGCGUGGCUGCUUGGUUUGUUUGGUUUGCGAGACUUUUUUUUGUUCUUUUCUUUUGUCUUUUUUUUGGGGGGGUUUUUUGCGUUUUAGUUGAGGCUUUGCGAAAAUGGGUAGGUAGGUCUGGGGUGUCUAUGUUGUGGCCGGUUGUGCGACUUGGAAUCGGGGAUUAGUCCAUGCUGGAUGGUGAGAGUCAUUAGUAUAAGGU